UGCGGGUGCAUCAACAGUAAGAUGGCGGCGACGGUGGCGGUGGCGGGUGGUGCAGCUGCUACUCCUCGCUGAAGUGGCGGGUGUCAAGGAAAGAAAAUAUAACGAGCCGUCCGUUUCCAAACGCUUAAGGAUUUUUUGUCGUUUUUUUAAAAAGAGAAAAAAAGAGGAGAUCGAAGGAAUUGCUGAAUCGGGGUUUUAUUUAUUUGGUUUUCCAUCCCCUCCCCCUCGCUAUCUUUCUGGGUUUGCUGCCGCGGCGCGGGUUCGACCGCUUUGCUUUCCUCAAUCUCAGUCCCACCAUGACGUCUAUCCACUUUGUGGUUCAUCCGUUACCAGGCACCGAGGAUCAGCUCAACGACAGAUUACGGGAAGUAUCUGAAAAACUCAACAAAUUCAAUCUAAGCAGUCACCCGCCUCUGAAUGUUUUGGAACAGGCCACAAUUAAGCAGUGUGUGGUGGGACCAAACCAUGCAGCAUUUCUUCUAGAGGACGGUCGCAUCUGCAGAAUUAGCUUUGCUGUUCAGCCAGACAGAUUGGAACUGGGGAAACCAGAUACUAGUGAAGGUUCAAAGUUGAGCAGUGGUUCAGGCACAGGAAGGACUUCCAGGCCAGGCAGGAGUAGUGAUUCCCCAUGGUUUCUGUCUGGUUCUGAUACUCUGGGCAGACUGGCAGGCAACCCCCUUGGGAGCCGUUGGAGUUCUGGAGUGAGUGGUGGUGCUUCUGGAAGAUCAUCAACAGGAGCAAGAGACUCAAGGAGGCAGACUAGAGUGAUACGUACUGGACGGGAUCGAGGAUCUGGACUUUUGGGAAGCCAGCCGCAACCAGUUAUACCAGCAUCGGUUAUUCCAGAGGAGCUUAUCUCACAGGCGCAAGUUGUAUUGCAAGGCAAGUCUAGAAGUGUUAUUAUUCGGGAACUACAACGGACUAAUUUGGAUGUCAACCUCGCUGUGAACAAUCUACUCAGCCGUGAUGAUGAAGAUGGAGAUGACGGUGAUGAUACAGCAAGUGAAUCAUAUUUACCUGGAGAGGAUCUUAUGUCAUUACUGGAUGCAGAUAUCCAUUCUGCGCAUCCGAGUGUCAUCAUAGAUGCUGAUGCUAUGUUUUCUGAAGAUAUCAGCUAUUUUGGUUAUCCUUCCUUCCGUCGCUCUUCUCUCUCCAGACUAGGCUCAUCAAGAGUUCUCCUUCUUCCCUUAGAGAGAGACUCCGAUCUGUUGCGUGAACGUGAGUCAGUUUUACGUUUACGUGAAAGGAGAUGGCUUGAUGGUUCCUCAUUUGAUAAUGAACGAGGCUCCACAAGCAGAGAAGGUGAAUCAAACUUGGAUAAGAAAAGCCUUCCGGUCCAAAGCCCUGUCUCCUUGGGAGAAGAGUUGCAGUGGUGGCCUGAUCGGGAUGGUACUAAAUUUGGAGCUAUUGGCGCUCUGUACUCAGAGCUUAUAGCUGUAAGCAGCAAAGGUGAAUUGUAUCAAUGGAAGUGGAAUGAAUCCGAACCUUACAGAAAUGCACAGAAUCCCUCUGUGCACCAUCCUCGAACCACACAACUAAGUUUAACCAAUGAGAAAAUUGUCCUUCUGGCUGCCAAUAGUAUUAGAGCUACAGUUACAACAGAAAACAGCAAGGUUGCCACGUGGGUGGAUGAGACAUUAUGUUCAGUAGCUUCUAAACUAGAACACAGUGCACAAUUUUUUCCAGAGUUGCAAGGAGAAAAGAUUAUAUCUUUGCACUGUUGUGCCCUAUACACGUGUGUCCAACUGGAAAAUAGCCUUUAUUGGUGGGGAGUAGUGCCUUUCAGCCAACGGAAAAAAAUGCUCGAGAAAGCAAGAGCCAAAAACAAAAAACCAAAGUCCAAUACAGGCAUGACAUCGAUGCCCAAUAUUACUGUUGGAACGCAAGUGUGUUUGAGAAAUAAUCCACUUUACCAUGCUGGAGCAGUAGCCUUUUCCAUUAGUGCUGGCAUUCCAAAAGUUGGUGUGCUGAUGGAGUCAGUUUGGAAUAUGAAUGAUAGCUGUCGAUUCCAGCUGAGAUCACCAGAAAGUUUGAAAAACUUGGAAAAAUUGUCCAAAAGCACGGAAAAUAAGACUGAGAGUAAACAAGAAUCUGUGAAGACUGAGAUGGGCCCACCACCAUCUCCAGCAUCCACGUGCAGUGAUGCAUCUUCUAUUGCCAGUAGUGCAUCACUACCCUAUAAGCGCAGGCGUUCCACUCCAGCACCGAAAGAGGAAGAGAAAGUAAAUGAAGAGCAGUGGCCACUUAGAGAAGUGGUAUUUGUUGAAGAUGUUAAAAAUGUGCCAGUGGGGAAGGUAUUGAAAGUGGAUGGUGCUUACGUUGCUGUGAAAUUUCCUGGGACUUCCAGCAGUGUCAGUAAUCAAAACUGUACUAGUACAGAUGCUGAUCCAACUUCUCUCCUGCAAGAUUGUAGGCUACUUCGAAUCGAUGAACUUCAACACUAUUAUUGGUACCAAUGGGUUCUCCAGUGGGAAUCCUCCCUAUCUAACGUGUUUGGAAAACGAGGACCAACGGAAGGAUGCCAACCAGGUCAGACUGCACGUGAGGUAUUCUGUGCCCACCCAGCAGUACCCUCACACCCGAAUCUGCAGACAGAGGUGGUGAAAACAGGCGGGACACCAAAAAUUCCAGACUGUUUCCAGCGCACCCCUAAAAAGCUUACUAUUCCAGACAAAGCAGAAAUCCUUGCAGUGAAUGUGGAUUCCAAGGGUGUUCAUACUGUACUGAAGACAGGUAGCUGGGUCCGUUACUGUAUCUUUGACCUAGCUACAGGAAAGGCCGAACAGGAACAUAACUUCCCUACAAACAGUGUUUCUUUUCUUGGCCAGAAUGAGCGGAGUGUGGCAAUUUAUACAGCUGGGCAGGAAUCUCCAAUCAUCCUCAGGGAUGGAAAUGGCACUAUAUACCCCAUGGCUAAAGAUUGUAUGGGUGGAAUCCGUGAUCCUGACUGGUUAGACCUUCCACCAAUUACUAGCCUUGGAAUGGGGAUCCAUUCUUUGACAAAUCUUCCUGCAAAUUCAUCCAUUAAGAAAAAAGCAGCUGUUAUUGUAAUGGCUGUAGAGAAACAAGCAUUAAUGCAGCACAUACUGCGAUGUGAUUAUGAAGCUUCCAGGCAGUACUUGAUGAAUCUUGAGCAGGCUGUUUUGCUUGAACAAACACCGCAAGCACUCAAUACAUUCCUCAGCAAUCGAUGUGAUGGGAAUCGUAACGUCUUACAUGCUUGUGUGUCUGUAUGUUUCCCUACAAGCAAUAAAGAGACUAAAGAGGAAGAAGAAGCAGAGCGCUCCGAGAGGAAUACAUUUGCAGAGAGGUUAUCGGCAGUCGAGGCCAUUGCAAAUGCAAUUUCAGUUGUGUCGAGUAAUAGUAGUGGUAACAGGACUGGACCAUCUAGCAGUCGUAGUUUAAGAUUGCGUGAGAUGAUGAGGCGUUCCCUGCGAGCAGCAGGCUUGGGUCGUCAUGAGUCUGGUGCUUCAUCCAGUGACCAUCAGGAUCCAGUAUCUCCUCCUAUUGCCCCACUUAGCUGGGCACCAGAUCCACCUGCAAUUGAUCCAGAUGGUGACAUUGAUUUUAUCCUCGCUCCUGCUGUGGGAUCUCUUACCACAGCAGCAUCUGGUACUGGACAAGGACCAAGCACAUCUACCAUACCAGGUCCUUCAUCUGAGCCACCUGUCGUGGAAUCAAAGGAUAGAAAAGCUAAUGCACAUUUGAUCUUAAAAUUACUUUGUGAAAGUGUAGUACUUCGACCGUACCUUCGCGAAUUGCUUUCAGCCAAGGAUGCAAGAGGAAUGACGCCUUUUAUGCUGGCUGUUGGUGGAAGAGCUUAUCCAGCUGCGAUUACUAUUCUAGAAACUGCUCAAAAAAUAGCCAAAGGCGAUGUCUCAGGUGAAAAGGAAGAGGAUGUAUUUAUGAGCAUGAUUUGUCCGCCUGGUACAAAUCCUGAUGACUCUCCGUUGUAUGUCUUGUGCUGCAAUGAUACGUGUAGUUUUACCUGGACUGGAGCAGAACAUAUUAACCAGGAUAUUUUUGAAUGCCGGACAUGUGGAUUGCUGGAGUCUCUCUGCUGCUGUACUGAGUGUGCAAGAGUAUGUCACAAAGGACAUGACUGCAAGCUGAAAAGGACAUCCCCUACUGCAUAUUGUGACUGCUGGGAAAAGUGCAAAUGCAAAACGUUGAUUGCAGGGCAGAAGUCUGCUCGUCUAGAUUUGCUCUACAGGCUCCUUACCACAACCAAUCUCGUCACACUACCAAAUAGCAGGGGAGAGCAUCUGUUGCUUUUUUUAGUUCAGACAGUUGCUAGGCAAACUGUGGAGCACUGCCAAUAUCGGCCACCUCGGAUAAGAGAGGAUAGAAACCGCAAGACCGCAAAUGUUGAAGAUUCUGAUAUGCCUGAUCAUGAUUUAGAGCCUCCUAGAUUUGCCCAAUUGGCUUUGGAGCGUGUCCUUCAGGACUGGAAUGCAUUGAAAUCUAUGAUAAUGUUUGGGUCACAGGAAAGCAAGGACCCGCUUAGUGCAAGCAGUAGGAUAGCUCAUCUCCUCCCAGAAGAGCAGGUAUACCUUUCUCAGCAAAGUGGCACAAUUCGUCUAGACUGCUUCACACAUUGUCUCAUUGUGAAAUGUACAGCUGACAUUUUGCUUUUGGAUACUUUACUUGGAACACUGGUGAAGGAACUACAGAAUAAAUAUACUCCAGGGCGUCGAGAAGAAGCCAUUACCGUCACCAUGAGAUUUCUACGCUCAGUAGCAAGAGUGUUUGUCAUACUUAGUGUAGAAAUGGCUUCAUCAAAGAAAAAAAACAACUUUGUACCUCAACCAAUUGGCAAAUGUAAACGGGUAUUCCAGGCUCUGUUACCCUAUGCUGUAGAGGAACUCUGUAAUGUGGCUGAAUCACUUAUUGUUCCUGUUAGAAUGGGCAUUGCACGCCCAACAGCUCCCUUUACAUUGGCAAGCACCAGUCUAGAUGCUAUGCAAGGCAGUGAAGAGCUGUUCUCAGUUGAGCCACUUCCUCCAAGGCAGUCAUCUGAUCAAUCUACCAGUUCCAGCCAGUCUCAGUCUUCGUACAUCAUUCGCAAUCCUCAGCAACGACACAUUAGCCAGUCUCAACCUGUUCGUGGCAGAGAUGAAGAGCAAGAUGAUAUUGUGACAGCAGAUGUGGAAGAGGUUGAGGUCGUUGAAGGGGUAGCUGGAGAAGAAGACCAUCAUGAUGAGCAAGAAGAGCAGGGUGAAGAAAAUACUGAAGCUGAGGGGCAACAUGAUGAACAUGAUGACGAUGGGAGUGAUAUGGAACUUGAUCUCUUGGCAGCAGCAGAGACUGAAAGUGACAGCGAAAGCAACCAUAGCAACCAAGACAAUGCCAGUGGACGCAGGAGUGUUGUCACUGCAGCUACUGCAGGAUCUGAAGCAGGUGCCAGCAGCGUUCCAGCCUUUUUCUCCGAGGAUGACUCUCAAUCCAAUGACUCUAGUGAUUCUGAUAGUAGCAGCAGCCAGAGUGAUGAUGAAGAACAGGAUACAUUUUUGCAGGAUGAACCUUUGGAGAGAACCACCAGCAGUUCUCACGCAAACAGUGCAGCUCAGGCACCACGCUCUAUGCAAUGGGCUGUACGCAGUACCCAGAACCAAAGGUCAACUAAUACUACUCCAUCUAGUACUAGCACUCCUGCAGGGGGCUCAGCAGGUUUAAUUUAUAUUGAUCCUUCAACCUUGCGACGCAGUGCUACCAUCAGUACAAGUGCAGCAGCGGCAGCGGCAGCUCUGGAAGCAAGCAAUUCCAGCAGUUACCUCACAUCAGCAAGUAGCCUGGCACGAGCUUAUAGUAUUGUCAUACGGCAGAUCUCUGACCUCAUGGGUUUAAUUCCAAAAUAUAAUCACUUGGUGUACUCUCAGAUACCAGCUGCCUUGAAAAUAACAUAUCAGGAUGCCAUGAACUUGCAGAAUUAUGUGGAGGAAAAGCUGAUGCCCACGUGGAACUGGAUGGUUAGCAUCAUGGACUCCACUGAGGCACAGUUACGCUACGGUUCAGCAUUGUCCUCUGCGGGGGAUCCUGGUCAUCCCAGCCAUCCUUUACAUGCUUCUCAAAAUUCUGCCAGGCGUGAGAGACUAACAGCACGUGAAGAAGCCAGUCUGAGAACAUUAGAGGGAAGAAGACGUGCUACUUUGUUGAAUGCUCGUCAAGGAAUGAUGUCUGCACGUGGUGAUUUUCUCAAUUAUGCCCUUUCUCUCAUGCGUUCCCAUAAUGAUGAGCAUUCUGAUGUACUACCAGUGCUGGAUGUUUGCUCAUUAAAGCAUGUAGCAUAUGUCUUCCAGGCACUUAUUUACUGGAUUAAGGCAAUGAACCAACAGACAACGUUGGAUACACCACAACUGGAUCGAAAACGGACUCGAGAGUUGUUGGAGCUCGGUCUUGACAAUGAGGAUUCGGAGCAUGAAAAUGAUGAUGAUACAAAUCAGAGUUCUGGCCUGCAUGACAAGGAUGAUGAAACACUUUCCACGGAAGCGGGCCAAAAUCAUCCAUUCUUUCGGCGUUCUGAUUCCAUGACCUUCCUUGGCUGUAUUCCCCCAAAUCCAUUUGAAGUUUCUCUCGCUGAAGCAAUUCCCCUAGCAGACCAACCUCACCUUUUACAGCCUAACGCUAGAAAAGAAGAUUUAUUUGGUCGCCCAAGCCAAGGUUUAUAUUCCUCCUUUUCAGGCCUUGGGAAAGGUAUAACUGAAGUAACUGUGGAUAGAAACUGCCUAGAGGUGCUUCCCACAAAAAUGUCUUAUUGUUCUAACCUGAAGAAUGUUAUGAGUAUGCAAAAUCGUCAGAGGAAGGCCACGGAUGAGCAAGUAUUACCAGAAGAUGAAUCUGAAAAUUCACGAAUAGGGCCAUCUGCUCAGGACCUUGCAGCACAACUAAAAAGCAGUUUACUGGCUGAGAUCGGGCUUACUGAAAGUGAAGGACCACCACUUACUUCAUUUAGGCCACAGUGUAGUUUCAUGGGUAUGGUGGUUUCUCAUGACAUGUUAUUGGGACGUUGGCGCCUAUCAUUGGAACUCUUUGGAAGAGUGUUUAUGGAGGAUGUAGGAGCUGAACCUGGAUCAAUUUUGACUGAACUUGGUGGUUUUGAAGUUAAAGAGUCGAAAUUCCGACGAGAAAUGGAGAAACUAAGAAAUGCUCAGUCUAGAGACCUAACUUUAGAGGUUGAUCGAGAUCGUGACCUCUUGAUUCAGCAAACAAUGAGGCAGCUAAAUAACCAUUUUGGCCGUCGAUGCACUACAACUCCAAUGACUGUACACAGGGUGAAGGUUACAUUCAAAGAUGAGCCAGGAGAGGGCAGUGGAGUGGCUCGAAGUUUUUACACUGCAAUUGCACAAGCAUUUCUAUCUAGUGAAAAAUUGCCAAACCUGGACUGUAUACAGAAUGCUAGCAAGGGAUUACAAACCAGUUUAAUGCAACGGUUGAGAAACAGAGAGAGGGAGCGAGAAAGAGAAAGAGAGAGGGAAAUGAGGAGAAGUGGUGGAAUGAGAGCAGGCUCUCGUCGAGACAGAGAUAGGGAAUCAAGAAGGCAACUUUCCAUAGAUACUAGACCUUUCCGGCCAGCAUCAGAAGGAAAUCCUAGUGAUGAUCUGGAUCCGCUGCCAGCCCAUCGACAAGCACUUGGAGAGCGACUGUAUCCUCGGGUUCAAGCGAUGCAACCAGCAUUUGCCAGUAAAAUUACAGGAAUGCUACUAGAAUUAUCUCCUGCUCAGCUUUUGCUACUUUUAGCUAGUGAAGACUCACUAAGAGCAAGAGUUGAUGAGGCCAUGGAACUCAUAAUUGCACAUGGCAGGGAAAAUGGUGCUGAUAGUAUAUUGGACUUAGGAUUGCUCGACUCAUCAGAUAAAUCUCAGCAGGACACUAGAAAACGACAUGGCUCGAGCCGAAGUGUCGUCGAUAUGGAAUUGGAUGAACCAGAUGAUGGUGAUGACAAUGCACCACUCUUCUACCAGCCUGGAAAGAGAGGCUUCUAUUCACCAAGGCCAGGCAAAAGCACAGAAGCACGUCUCAACUGUUUCCGUAAUAUUGGCAGGAUAUUGGGUCUAUGUCUGCUACAAAAUGAACUCUGUCCGAUAACCCUAAAUAGGCAUGUUAUUAAAAUUCUUCUAGGAAGAAAAGUGAAUUGGCAUGAUUUUGCUUUCUUUGAUCAUGUGAUGUAUGAAAGUUUACGCCAACUAAUCCUCGCCUCCCAGAGCCAGGAUGCAUAUGCAGUCUUUGCAGCAAUGGACCUAGCUUUUGCUAUUGAUCUAUGUAAGGAAGAAGGUGGAGGGCAGGUUGAACUUGUUCCGGGCGGAGCCAAUAUCCCAGUCACUCCUUUGAAUGUUUACGAAUAUGUUAGGAAAUAUGCAGAGUAUCGAAUGUUGGUGGUUGCUGAGCAGCCCCUUCAUGCAAUGCGAAAAGGACUACUGGAUGUACUUCCUAAGAAUUCACUAGAAGAUCUGACAGCAGAAGAUUUUAGGCUCUUAGUCAAUGGAUGUGGCGAAGUGAAUGUUCAAAUGUUGAUUAGCUACACAUCUUUCAAUGAUGAAUCUGGGGAAAAUGCUGAGAAAUUGCUACAGUUUAAACGGUGGUUCUGGUCUAUUGUGGAGAAGAUGAGCAUGACCGAAAGACAGGAUCUGGUGUAUUUCUGGACAUCGAGCCCAUCGUUGCCUGCCAGUGAGGAAGGUUUCCAACCAAUGCCAUCAAUCACCAUUCGACCACCAGACGAUCAACAUCUUCCAACGGCAAACACUUGCAUCUCGCGUCUAUACGUCCCACUUUAUUCCUCCAAACAGAUUCUCAAACAAAAACUGUUACUAGCCAUUAAGACAAAGAACUUUGGUUUUGUGUAGAAUAUAAUAAAAUGUGUGUAAUUGUGUGUAAUAAUAUAACUAGGUCCAGGUUUUGUAGAUUAAUUUUUCAUUUGUCUAUAAAAUUUAUGGAAGGUAAUGCUGUCACACAACUGGAGGUUCAGUGGUGGUAAACAUUCCUGUAUUUGGCUUGUAGCUGGAAGUCCAAACCACAGGCUGUAGUAGCUUUGACCGUAACCUCCUAGGCUUUGGCUAGUCAGUAUCCUGUUAGCCUAACCCCAGCCAAAGAUGACAGUAGAUCAUGUAUUGUUACACUGUGAUUAUGGUCAUUUGGCCUAGGAGAACUGAAAUGUUUCUGAAAUUUCACUGCUGCCUUUGUCAAAAGUUUCAUCAAAGGUUCUUGUAUAGAGGGAAGUAGGGAAAUUCUGAAUAAAACCAGAGAAUGCUUUACAUUUUGUGUGUGACUAUUAAACCUGAUGGGAAAAGCCCUUUUGUUUGCCUCAUCCAUUCAUCAUUGGAUAAAUUUUAAAUUAAAUGUUAUGAUUUCUUAAUUUUAACAGAGGUGAAAUAUAUUCUCUCCCUCAUUCUGCCAAGCCAUUGUUAAACUGAUCUAAAACUGGUAUAUAGAUCUUCUCAUUUAAUUUAUAAGAAUAUUUAGUUUGGUAUUCACAGUACAUUUCAGUCACAAUGUAAAACUGAGCCUGCUAUUGAGCAGGUUGUACAGUAUGCUUCUGUUUAUCCAAACUACUUAUGAAAUCAUUGGUUUGGUUUGGGUAAUCGUGUUCAGUUUAACAAAUAUGGUUUAUUAAAUUGAGAUUCCAAAUAUCAAAGUGUACUGUACCAAAGAGUUGGCAAACCAGUGCACAUGUGGAAAAAUGCAUUUUUGUAUUAAAAUAAAAGAAAUUUGCGUUCAUUGUA